ACAACAGCAGCACAGUCUCUGUAAAUCAAGGUAAAUGCUGUUUAUCUUCACGGCUACAACUCGGGAUUCACCGGUGAAGACUGGGUUCGGCUCUGCAGCUUAGCUGGAUCCCAGAUGAGGAGGAACCGGUGACUAUUAGGUCUAUCUGGUGAGGCGGCAGGAUGGCGGGAGCAGAGGUGUUCACCCCUGCAAACCCCACCUGCAAGAUAAUGACCUUCAGGCCCACCAUGGAGGAGUUCCGGGACUUCAAUCAGUACCUGGUUUACAUGGAGUCUCAGGGUGCACACCGCGCAGGCCUGGCUAAAGUGAUUCCUCCCAAAGGCUGGAAGCCCCGCCGUACAUAUGACGACAUCGAUGAUCUGAUGAUAGAUGCUCCCAUCCAGCAGAUGGUGGCUGGCCAGUCGGGGCUCUUCACUCAGUACAACAUCCAGAAGAAGCCUCUCAGUGUGCAGGAGUUUAGGCGGUUGGCUAACAGCGACAUGUACUGUACACCUCGCUACCUGAAUUAUGAAGAUCUUGAGAGGAAAUAUUGGAAGAAUCUCACUUUUGUUUCGCCCAUAUAUGGAGCUGAUGUCAGCGGCAGCCUCUACGAUGAGGAUGUCGAAGAGUGGAACGUCGGCCACCUGAACUCCGUCCUGGAUGUGAUCGAGGAGGACUCUGGUGUGUCCAUCCAGGGAGUUAACACUCCAUACCUGUACUUCGGCAUGUGGAAGACGACAUUCUCCUGGCACACUGAGGAUAUGGACCUGUACAGCAUCAACUACCUCCACUUUGGCGAGCCCAAGUCCUGGUAUGCCAUCCCCCCGGAGCACGGAAAGAGACUGGAGCGUCUGGCUACAGGUUUCUUUCCUAACAGCUUCAAGGGGUGUGAGGCAUUUCUUCGUCACAAGAUGACUCUAAUCUCCCCUUCCAUACUGAAGAAGUAUGGCAUUCCCUUUGAUAAGAUAACUCAGGAAGCUGGAGAGUUCAUGAUCACCUUCCCUUAUGGCUACCAUGCUGGUUUCAAUCAUGGAUUCAACUGUGCAGAGUCCACUAACUUUGCCUCUCUGCGCUGGAUAGACUACGGAAAGGUUGCCACACAGUGCACAUGUAGCAAGGAUAUGGUCAAGAUAUCUAUGGAACCCUUUGUGAAGCGCUUUCAGCCCGACAGGUAUGCCAACUGGAUGGUGGGCAAAGACUCUGCACCGCUUGAUCACACGCAUCCCACUCCGGGUACAACACCAGAGCUGCAGAGCUGGUUACAGAGGCGGCGCAAGAACAAACCUGCUAAUAAAGGCAGCCACUCUCGUAUGCGCUCCAAGCGCCUCAGAACCACGCAGGAGCCCGUUGGCCUGGAUGACAGCUCGACUCUCAGCUGCUGCAGCAGCAGCAAAAGGAAAGGCCUGGGUGGGCCGCCUGCGUCCAAAGUGCGCAAGUCUGUAGCAGGAACAAACUGCAGGGAAGAAGAGAAAGGGAAGAAAAAAGAAGCUGAGUCGAAGCACAACCAGAAUCAGAUCUCUGCUCAGCUUCCUGAUCCCUGCAGACAGAUGUGUGUGGUCAAGGUAAAUCGUGUAGAGAGCAAUAUUUUUGGAAUUUCCAACAAGGAACCAUCCCAUAACUCUCACUGCGGUCCAUUUCCCCCCCCUGCUUCACCAGUAAAGAGUGACUUAAAGGCAGAGACGGUCAAUUGUAUUGACCCUCAACACCUCUCAGGGUCAGGGGUCCCAAGCAGGACUCCUGAAGGACUCAAACAAUGUUCUGAGGCUGCACAGAUGCAUCCCAGAAUUAAUGAGCCACGGUGUUACUCUGCUGAACCACAAGACCUCUCAACUUCUCAGGACAGCUCUGUCAGGGUCCCUCCCCUGGAGGCCCACACACUCAGCUCAUCCUCCCACACUACAGGAACCUCUCCUAAGACUGACAUGAACCCAUGUCCCCCUGACUGUGGAGCUCAGACAGCGAGUUCCUCCUGUUGUGAAGACACUUUAAACCCAACACCAAACACUGACAGCAGCAUGGACACGGGUACUGAGAAUCACACCAACAACACUGCUAAAGCAGAGAAAAUAGACAAAGUUGUUGAUCCAAAACAUAUCAAUACACACUCCAGAACAGAAGCACUUUAUGAUCUCAAAGCUGAGCCAGUAGAGGGGGAUAGCUACACAUCAUGUAGCCGAGUCUCUCCUGCUGGACACAUUUGCAAUUUAGAAAAAAAGAACACUGAGGACAUUAUUUUCCCUCCUAUGCUACUGAGGAAUGCAGGAGUUAUGCCAAAACUCAGCCUUGAGCAGGCAGAUAAGACUGGAAUCUGCCCUACGCCACCUGUGCUGACCCAGGAGAUGCCCUCGCUCACCCCGGCUGACGAUGUGUUGACUCCAGCCCCAAAAUCGACUCUGUGCAGUUACCAGGCUGCACCUGUGCUUCAGCGGGAGACGCCAACUGGCGCUUUGUCCUCGCGUGGAGCCAAACAGGAAAAGAAAGAAACUGAAUUAAUGACAUCAAAAGAUUCUGUUACCGUAGAACAUGCCGACAACUGGCAUGUCGAUUCUCAGUAUAAUUGCGAAGUGGCAGCAGCAUCGCGUUUGGAGGGAAACGCGGCUCAUUUAACUGCCUAUGCUGUGCACAAACUAACAUCUGGUGGUGCCCACGAAAUGCUAAAAAUGCCAGACAUUACUGCAGAGAAGGAUCACACAAAGCUGGAAAAUCUUACUCCUUUGCAGAUUGAUGCUGCUCCAGACAGGCUAGUACAGAGUGAUGCGCCUCAAACAGAGCAGAAAUCGAACUUGUCAGAGUUAGCAAGUAAAGAUAUCUCCAAAGAUCCAUCUCAGAGAGACGGCACGUUAAGUCUGAGCAGUGCUGUCUCUCUUUUAACGGGUACAUCAAACAAUAAUCCCCCAGCACCUUCCCUUCCGUUAUGUUCUCAAAGGGACAGCCACUUGGAAUUACAACUAAACCACCACGAGACAUACUCGUCCUCACAUUGUUCCUCCCAUAACCCAUACCUGGAGCCCAAACCGUUCUCCAGCAGCAUCUGGAAAAACUUCAAUUCCCAGAGUCCUGCAGUACUCAUCCAGAGUCUGCAGUCAGAACUCCCCUCUGACUUCACCCACGACCCGCUAACCUACACCAUGUGGACUGAACCUCAGUGCAAAGAAGUCACAGACCUGGAGGACCCUGACCAAGAGUCAGAAAGCCAGGAAGAAGAAGGCGGGCCUCUCACCUGGGCCCAACUUGAGCCCACCUCUCUAGUUUCAGUGAGUGCGGUAGAGCCCCUUGGGCUUUGUGGAGAGUAUGACCUCCACUUAGGGGAAGUGGAUGGGGCCGAAGCCCUCUCCCUGUGCAGGGAGCUGGGGAGACAAAGGGGGGAAGAGGGGAGCCUACAUUCAGAUGCUGCUAUUCUACCUCUGGAGAUGGGAGGGGGAGAACAGGAUGUGGUGUCUGAUAUGGAAGAAGGGGGAUCUGAUGGCGAAGAGGCGGCCCAGCAAAAUGGUUUAAAAGAAGAGAGCAGUAGUGAUUCAUCUGAUGAGGAGGAGGAGGAGGAGGAGGAGGAAGAAGAAGAAGAAGAGGAAAAUGACACAAUUAACUAUGAGUGUGAUGAAUCAGGCCUGGAACCUGGGGAAGUUUGUUCUUACCCUGCUCUGUCAGUGAAGAGGACCACUAAGAGCUGGCGCCACCCACUCAGGAAACCGACCGCAAGGGCUGUACCCACUGCUGUCAAACAACAACAGGGCACCAGUGAUGAUGAGCCCCCUGAAUCGAGCCUGGCAGAGGAUGAUGAGGAGGAGGAGGAGGAGCAGGAAAUGGAAGCGUGGGCAAAGCCCCUCAUCUACCUGUGGCAGAGCAGGAAGAGCUGCUUCACGGCAGAGAGGGAGUACAACGCUCAUGCAGCCACCAUGCAGCCGCACUGCGCUGUGUGCACACUCUUCAUGCCAUAUUAUCAGCCUGAAGACAAAGCAGAGGAUAAAAGUCCGGCCGCUGCUACGGAAACGUCCGCAUCCUCCUCUCCAACGGAGGGCCCCAGGCAUCCCUGCAGAGGUCUGAGGAGGACCAAGCCCCUCGUCCCUGAGAUCUGCUUCUCUUUCCGGGAGCAGAACUGUCCCCCAACUCCCACCAACCCACUGCUGCAGGAGGACGGCACCUCCCCUCUGCUCUACUGCCAGGGCUGUUGCCUUCAAGUACACGCAAGCUGCUAUGGUGUCGCCGCAGAUGUCAUCAGCGAGCAGUGGUCGUGUGAUCGUUGUACAGAAGGAAGCUUGGCAGCGGAGUGCUGUCUCUGUAACCUCAGAGGUGGAGCCCUGAAGAAAACCCAAAUCGACAAAUGGGCCCAUGUGAUGUGUGCUCUAGCGCUGCCAGAGGCGAGGUUCAGCGAUGAAGCCAGGAGAUGUCCCAUUGACACCAGUAGGAUCCCUAUGCAGCGAUAUAAACUGAAAUGCAUCUAUUGUCGUAAACGCUGUGCGGGGAAGCGACAGGCAGGGGCUUGUAUCCAGUGCUCGUGUGGCCGAUGUCCCACCUCCUUUCACGUAACCUGUGCUCACGCCGCCGGUGUCACCAUGGAGCCUGAUGAUUGGCCGUAUGUUGUGUCAAUCACCUGCCAUAGACACCAGUCCCGGAGCGCAUCAGCUAAGCAGCGAGCGUGCCAGUCCUCCAUCUCACUGGGUCAGACGGUGAUCUCCAAACACAAGAACCUGCGCUACUACAGCUCCAAGGUCACACAGAUCACCUCCCAGGUGUUCUACGAGGUCAUGUUCGACGACGGCUCCUUCUCCAACGAUACCUACCCCGAGGAUAUAGUGAGCAGAGACUGUGUGAACCUGGGGCCUCCUGAAGUGGGAGAAGCUGUUCAAGUGAAGUGGCCUGAUGGGCUCUUCUAUGGCGCCAAAUACCUGGGAUCCAACGUCUCCUACAUGUACCAGGUGGAGUUUGAGGACGGAUCUCAGGUGCUGGCAAAGAGAGAAGACGUCUACACUGUAGACGAAGACCUGCCUAAAAAGGUGAAACGUAGACUUUCCACGGCCUCAAGUAUGCGAUUCCAGGACGCUUUCUUCACCACUCAGGAGGAGAGGAAACGCCAGCGGACGCCCAACUCCCGCUUCCAGAAAGACUUUGUGGCUCUGCCGGGUCUUCGCACGACUUCCAGAAGCACAUGGGAGCAGCAGCGCACCCACAAAGGGAAAUGAAGUCCUAGACGAGGAUCAAGCGAGUGCACUGAAUCGGCAGUGGAUGUAUAGGCGAGGAUGGUUGUGAGUGUAUGUGCGAGUAUGCUUGUGUGUUUUUUGGAUCUUUUGACUUCUGUGAAUAGAUGAGAUGGCACAGCGGUUGUGAGCGGCCGAUCUGGGUUAGAUGGACGUUAAAUUGUAUAAUAUACACAAGUGGUUGCAAAGGGGGGGGGGUUGACGGACUGUAGGCGGUUUCUGAUUGGACAGCUGGGCUCCUGUGAAAUGGGCUAACUGAGUACUUUGUUGCCUCGGUUACUCAGUGCUUUCACAUCUUGUCAGGGAAAAUAAAUGUGACUCAACAAUUGUCACAUCACCCUUUUUUUGAAAUAACAAAACCUUUUUUCUUUGUACAUGAAAAAUUCAAAAAGUGAGAUUUUUCUAAAUGGCUUGCCUAAGGUAGCUUUUUAGGGGUCUGUUAUUUCAAGCAUUGAUUUUGAAUAUUUAUGCACUUUGCUUGUAGUAUUUUCCUAAUGUCUUAAUGUUUUACCCCCCCCCCCCCCCCCCC